AUGACUAGGUGUCGAAUUUGUUUUUUAUUUCCUUUCCAACUUGUCAUAAUUUGUUAUGAUAUGAAUCCAGGUAGUGAAGUUUUCGAUGAAACCGUCUUGACCAACCCGCGAUCCUUUGAUUACGAUUUUGCCGACGAUCUCUUACAUGUCGCAGACAAGAACGAUCUCUAUGACGAAUUACUUUAUCAGCUUCCUCCUUUCAACUUAUACAAACUGGGUAUCGACCGCGGUACUACACGGGCAAGUUAUUUUCUCUUUAGAACAUUCCUAAUGUUAUGUGUUUGCCAUUUAUCUUCUUGGUUUUCAGAAAGAUGGCAAUGA